AUUCAACGAUCUCGUACCUUUUAGGCGUGACGUGACAAUUCGGCGCGAACAUCUCUGCGGGAAAAUGUCCCCUGUAAAGGUGUGCGCCGUCGAGUAGAGAAGAAGCACGAAACCAUUAGAGAAGAAAAAUUUGAGCCUUGAGCCGAAUCGGUCGACUAGCUGGGUGUUCAUUUCGGUGGUGUAGUCCGAACUGUGCGGUCACUUUUCUCGUAGCCCAGUGCAGAGCGGUCCGGUGCGCGGGCCAGAGUUGGCCACUAGAGAAGAAAACGAAAAAGGUGGAAAGAUCGAUUUGAAUGAGUGGGCAAUUAAGUUGAUAGUUUUUCGAAGAAAUGUGCAUAAGCCAGUUCGAAGAUAGCGUCGAUUUGUGAAAGUUUGCUUUUGGUGGUUGGUUUUAUUUUAAACGGAAGAAAGAAUCGAAGCGAAAAUGACGGUGCGGGUUAUCAACACGGUUCAGUUUAUGGCGGGAACUACCGCGCAGGACUCGAUGGCGAAGAAUAUCAAAACCGGGAAAGGGAAGGCGAUCAUCAACGAUGUCAACAAUAACGAAGCAGUUCUCGGCGAUGACCGGAGCAUCACCGAGCAGGACAUCAACGCCUAUCUGGAGCACUACAACAAGUGGAAGCAAACCGAAUGGGGCCACUGGCUGACCGAUAUCCUUCGGCAGUAUUUCGGCUACGAGUUCGAUGCUGAAAUCAAGUGGAACAACGUGCUGAUGAUCGGAGUGUUUCAUCUGAUUGCGAUCGUUGCCUUCAUAAAUUACGUGUUUAACGCGACGCUCGUUACCUACCUCUGGGGAUUCUUCGUGGGAGGCUGCGCCGGAUUUGGCGUAACGGCUGGAGUGCACCGGCUGUGGUGCCAUCGGGCGUACAAGGCGAAGCUCCCGCUGCGAAUCAUCCUGGCGAUCUGCUACUCGAUCGCCGGCCAGAACACCAUCUACGACUGGGUGCGCGACCAUCGUAUCCAUCACAAGUACUCGGAAACGGAUGGCGAUCCACACAAUUCCAACCGAGGCUUCCUGUACGCGCACGUUGGCUGGCUGAUGCUGCGUAAGCACCCGGAAUGCAUCAAGAAGGGCCGACUGAUCGACAUGAGUGAUAUCACCAGUGAUCCCGUGGUACGGUUUCAUCACAACAACUUCAUUCUGAUGAAGCUUCUGUUCUGCUUCUUCCUGCCGACCUUCAUUCCGUGGUACUUCCUGGGUGAGAGCUUCCGUCUGGCCUUCUUCAGCCAGUGCUUCGUGCGAUACGUGCUGAGUCUCAACUUUACCUGGUCCGUCAACAGUGCCGCUCACAUUUACGGUGUUCGACCCUACGACAAACGCAUCCAACCGGUGGAAAAUAAGGUCGUCGCGAUGGUAGCGAUGGGCGAAGGAUGGCACAACUACCACCACGUCUUCCCCUGGGACUACAAGGCAGCCGAACUGGGCAACUAUCGAUUCAAUGUGACCACCUUCUGGUUGGAUGCGUUCGCCAAGAUCGGCUGGGCGUACGAUUUGAAGGAACCGUCGAAGGAGUUGGUUCGACGAACGAUCGAGAAAUAUGGUGAUGGAACCCAUCUGACCGUUACGUUCAAGGAUCACGUCGAGGUGCCGGACCCAACGGAGAACUCAUAAAUUGUUUGUCAAGCAGCAGCAGCAGCAGACAGUAGACAGCUGGGCAUCGGUCGAGUUUGUUUCGGAUUGUGAUCAACCAAAUUACCUGGUUAUUUUCAGCUUAAGGGGUAGGCUAAGUGCAACCAGAUUUUAUAAUACUAUGUAUGUAAUUGUGUAUGCAGCAUUUAGGUAAACACUACUGUAGCCGGGUCUCAUCAGAUGGGAACGUAACUUCACAUAA